GUAUAAUUGUGAAAAUAUUGUGAGCAGAGAGUAAAAAAUAAAAGGGAUUAUUCAAAAUGCGCUUUGAUUUGAAGGAAUUGCUACUGGUUUCCAUGUCCACCAGUCCGAAUGGAGUCAUACGUCGCCACAAGAGAUUCAACUUCGGUAAAGUGAGCUACUUGGUGCACUAUGAGCUGCAGAGGGGUAAGCUGAUGAUCUGCCAUGUGAAGCGGAUUCGACGCACUCCCUCCUUGGGCAGUCGUCUGCAAAGACGUCGUCGUCUUCUGAAACGGACGUUGCAUGGAGGAAGUGCAUCCACAGUGGUCGGCAAGCGGCCAGUUGCAAGGGGAGAUGGGUGCACUCAAACUUGUCUGCAACACAACUCCAUAGCCGUGGGCGUAGAGGUGGUGAUGGAAAGCACCACCAGCCAAACGCCGCACCAGGAGUGCCUCUGCAGCCAGGUGGACACCGCGGACUUGAUCAGCACCAUCUCCUCGGAAUCCCAGACCCAUGAUCCCGACCAGCAAUUUACGACUAUUGCUGUGGGUACAACGGUGCAGCUGGACAGUAGUGCCAGCCAAACGCGGAUCCAAGAGUGUAUUACCAGUCAUGUGGACACCUCCGAUUUGAUCAUAGCCGUUUCCAAGAAUCAGCAGACAUUCAAUCCCGAACAUGGAACCUUUGCCAGCCAAACAGAUAGUAACGAACUGAACUGUCGCACCAGCCAAACGGAGUUGAGCACCACGACCACCACCACGCAGACCAAGCUGGUCAACGCUUGCCUGGGCAUCCAAGCGACGGUUCACUGUACCGAUGGCUCGGUGCAAACCAAUGAGGACCAACAACACACGAGUACCCAGACCAGCGACGACGAGGAGAUGAUAAUCAAACCACAUGUCCAGGCCCUGUACCUCAUACAAGAAUCUAUCCAGAACCACAGCGAUCUCAUCCAGAACGAGGUGAUGGAAACCGUCAAUCAACUGGUUGAUAUCACCCUGCUCCAAAUGAAGCAAAUACGAAUGGAGCUUGACGUGCUCCGAGAGGCGUCCUUGGAGCCAAUGACACUCAAUUCGUCGAGCCAGAUCGGCGAUGGGCAGUCAAAGGAGAAUCUAAAGGACGAAGCGGACUCCAUGAAUGACUCGUUCAAGUUGAAGCCCAAAUACAAGAUUGCAAGAUUCGCCAUGGACAAGAGGUAUUCCAUUGGAUCCUCGUGGUGCUGUACGAUGAAGUGUAAGGGCUGUGGUCUGCACAUGCACCGCACCAGGCAGCGCGUGGCCAGCGAAAACCAUGAAACCCAAACGGAAGAGGAGGAGACGAAGAGCGCGGUGGGCAUGGACGAGGUGGCCACGCAGACGGCCAAGGAGCGAGCACGCUGGACCCUCAUGCGCAGCUAGAGAGGAUCCUCGAUGUCCUGGCAACUUACCCCAGCAGCCAGGCCGCCGUUCCCAUCCAGCUUGGACUCAUGUUGAUGAACUUGUGCUUGCCGACUGACACUUUUAGCAUGUGGCAAGCGACGAUUUCGAGUAAAAGCAAUCGAAUCAGA